AUGGCCAAUUCAAUAUUUCUGCUGCAAUGGGCCUUUGGCUGCUGCUUGCCACAUCACAGCAUCGACUUCGAGUUCUCUGGGCCCAACAAUCAAGUACUGCCGACAAUCAGAGGAAAGCUAAGCUUGAGAAAGCAAGAUAAGCAGGCUUUCACGAGAGGAGACAAGGGAAGGUGUCAGAUAGGUCGUUAUGGAGGACCUGUUUCUAACUCUAUCAAUAAUCAAACUGGUGGUGGUGGAGGCAGCAUGAGUUUUGGAGCAUGGCCGGGUGUCGUCUCUCGAGUACUGGUCAAGAGAGGCGUUGAAGAACGUGAGGAAGAUCUGGAUGCUGAGGUAUCGAAGAUGGAUUUAUGA